UGGAGGCCACUUCCGCUUCCGUUUUCUGGACCAGGUCUGGGGGUUGCAGCCGCCGCUAGUCCCUUAGCUGCCAUGACAGCCACUCUGCGCCCUUAUCUCAAUGCGGUGCGUGCCACCCUGCAGGCUGCCUUGUGCCUGGAGAACUUCUCCUCCCAGGUGGUGGAGCGGCACAACAAACCCGAGGUGGAAGUCAGAAGCAGCAAAGAACUCCUCUUGCAGCCUGUGAUCAUUAGCAGGAAUGAGAAGGAGAAAGUCUUAAUUGAAGGUUCUAUCAACUCUGUGCGAGUUAGCAUUGCUGUGAAACAGGCUGAUGAGAUUGAGAAAAUUCUGUGUCACAAAUUUAUGCGGUUCAUGAUGAUGAGAGCAGAAAAUUUCUUCAUUUUACGUCGGAAACCAGUUGAGGGCUACGACAUCAGCUUCUUGAUCACAAAUUUCCAUACAGAGCAGAUGUACAAGCACAAGCUGGUGGACUUUGUCAUUCAUUUUAUGGAGGAAAUUGACAAAGAAGUCAGUGAAAUGAAGCUGUCGGUCAAUGCCAGGGCCCGCAUUGUGGCAGAAGAGUUCCUUAAAAAUUUCUAGACCAAGGGCUGGACUCCACAGCUUUGCUUUCUCAUUCUCUCUGCCCGGCUCUCUUAGGAGAGGCUACAGAGAGGCCACAGCCCAGGAGUGAAAUGAGAAGCGGCUAGAUCUGCCAGGGCUGCCCCAGCUGUCCAGCGUUCUCGCCAUCGUGCCCGGGGUCGGGAGGAGGG